UUCCUUCCUAGUCACCCAUUUUUUGUCUCUUGUUCCAAAGUCACCAACCUCACCUUUCUACCCCUAUUUUUUUCCAAGUCCCAUGUGCACUCAUUGAAACCUCGGCAUUGAAAGGGAUUAGAUAAAGACACCCCAGAAGAGUGAUAGGAAAAAACAGAAGAGAUGUCUGAUUGGGGGCCAGUUUUUGUGUCUGUGGUGCUCUUCAUUCUUUUGACACCAGGGUUGCUGAUCCAGAUACCUGGCAAAAGCAAGAUGGUAGAGUUUGGCAACUUUCAGACCAGUGGUGUGUCCAUUCUUGUUCACUCCAUCAUCUACUUUGCUCUAGUUUGCAUCUUCUUGUUGGCUAUUGGAAUCCACAUGUACACUGGUUCUUGAUCCAUUCCACAACACCUUCUCUACACACACAUUAUUCAUAAUUGGUUCAUUUCUUGUCAUUGUUAAAAUUUGUUUCUGUGCAUCCAUGCCCAUGAGGGAGUGACAUUAUGACAAGCAUUUUGUUCUAAUGAUUUUUCUGAAAUUUAUUAUUAGGAGUGUUGACAGAAGGUUUGUGUGUAAUUAAUUAUUGGUUUCUUUAAUGUACUUUCUUAUACUACUAAUAAACAUUUAGAUGCUAACAUUUUUU